AUGUUCUUUCUAGGCCUCCUGCUUGGUCUCUGCUUGCUGGGCGCUGUUGCACAGCGUCUGGAUGAGGACUUGCGCUCGUUCGUCACUCUUCCAGAAGUCCGCGCCUUGAGAUUCAAUAUCACACAUGUCGACCGAGAACAAAUAUCACCGGGAUACUGGUUCGUUGCGCCCUACGGACAAGUUGACCCGGAGGAACCCACCACAAAGUAUAUGCAAUACCAGGUCGGACCGUACAUAUAUGACACCGAUGGCGAGCUCAUUUGGGCAGGUUCUCCAGUGACCGACAACCGCAAUACAUUUGACUUCAAGGCGAACUGGAACAUCGAUGGAGACCCACACCUUUCUUUCAUCGUUCAGCAUGAAUACGACCGUGGGGAUGGUAAAGGAAAGGGUGUGAUUAUGGGGAACAACUAUGAGCUUGAACGUGAGGUCGGAGCGGCCAACGAUUUCGAUGCGUUCAACAUACACGAAUUUAAAAUCUUGGACGGUGGAAAGACUGCUCUGGCCUGUACUACUAAACCGCAGCAAAUCAGCCUCGGCGAUUUCGACCGGCCCGAAGAGGAAAGUUGGGUCGUUGUCGGUGGCUUUGUCGAGAUGGAUAUCGAAAAGUCCAAGAUUCUCUUCGAAUGGGACUCCUACGACAAGCUGUCGAUCACCGAGUCCGUUAAAUUUAUCCAGGAGGAUGAGGUGCUCGGUGAACCUGGGUGGGACUACGUGCACAUCAAUUCAGUCGACAAAAACUCGGAUGGAGAUUACAUUAUCUCGAUGCGCUUCACAAAUACAAUUUAUUUGGUUUCUGGCAAAGACGGCGAAAUCAUGUGGCGCCUUGGUGGUAAGGAGAGCGACUUUGAGCAGGACUUCAACUUCACCAGGCAACACGACGUCAAGUUUAUCAAAACCAACAGCACUCAUCAUGUUAUUUCUUUCAUGAAUAAUGCAGCAGAUGAACUUCACACUGAGGCAGAGAUCACGUCCGCUCUUUUUGUGGAACUGGAUAUCAGUAGCUCUCCUAUGACCGCGACCGUUAUAAACCGCAUGAAUCAUCCAGAUGGCAAUUUCACUCGUUUCGGAGGGAACAUUCAACAACUUUCGAAUGGAAAUGUCUUUGUCGGAUGGAAUGAGCAAGGCCACAUGACUGAGUAUGGACCUGAUGGUGAUCUUAUCAUGUCAGCUCAUUUCUCAUCGACUCGCUAUGCAAGCUACCGUUCCUACAAGUUUAAUUGGAUUGGUCGACCAACCACACCUCCAGAUCUAGUCGCUUCUGUAUAUGGUGCUGACGAGCAGGAAAUGAUAACCGUCAUGCACGUCAGCUGGAACGGCGCAACCGACGUGGCUUGCUGGGAAUUCUAUGCUCGGUCUUAUGAGCACGGCAGUGAUGUUUUGAUCGCAAGGACAGACAAAACAUCCUUUGAAACGAUGUACAUCACCGAGGGAUUUAUGGAUUGGGUGACCGCAAAAGCUAUUGAUGAAAAUGGCAACGUCUUGGGGGUAUCAGAAGUCUGUCGUUCUGAUGUUCCAGACUGGGAAGCCGUUGGAUUUACUGGGCAGUCCUCUCAUCCUACACCCGACGACCCAGAAAUCCUACAAAAUAUUCGGGAAAAGCUCGACUCUGGCGACUACGGGGAUCUCUAUAAUGAGACUACUACCGACGAAGACCGCAAAGCUGCAGUCCACCACGCCACCACAGAGGUUGCAGACUCCGUUUACAAAGCUUAUGGAAUGAUCCAAAUGCUGGAGAACAUAACCAUCGGUGUCUUGACCAUUUUUUGCAUCGGUGGUGCUCUCGCCGGUGUUUGGUACAUCCGCCGUCGCAAAAUACGUUCCUACCAGCAUCUUCCAACAGACGAGGCUGCUGUCGAAGAGGACGCCGCCAAAUCCGAUUAA